GUAUGUUUAUUUGAUAGGAAAGACACUGGAGCAGAGAGAGUGUCAGCAAUAAAACCAAAAAACAAAAGAGCAAAUGCCAGCCAGGCCAGGCCAAGCUAAAGCCUCCCCUAACCAAAGCCAGGGCCAGCCCUCCCUGCUCACUGCUCGCUCACACAUCCAAGUCUCUAACAAAACCCUCCACCAAACCCCAAAGCAAAGCAAAUUCUCAGACAAGCUCGGAGGAGAUUAGACCUCUGGAGCUUCUCCGAUUCAUUUAGCUGAAUCAUUUCAUUCUAAAACAGUGAACCAACCACAAGCACACAAAAAUGGCGCCACUGCGGCGGCGCCACCACUACUACCACCGCUUCCGGUACCUUAUUCCUCUCAUUUCCGCCGUCUCCGGCGCGCUUCUCAUCCUCUUCGCCGUUCUCUUCUUGUUCCUCGCUCCUACUCCUUUCGAUGUUCAUCAACGUCAGAAUGAUCGGGUCGACGAUGCGAUUGGAGAUACAGUAGUGUUUCGCGUCCCGAGCCGUGGCGGACGAAGAUCCUCCGAUCGUGAUCUUUGGACUUCUAGGAAUGCGAAUCUCUACUAUGGAUGCAGCGAUGCCAGCAAGAAGUUUCCGAAAGUUGAAGAUGUCACGCAUCCUAAUAGGUAUUUGGCAAUUGCAACAAGUGGAGGCUUGAAUCAACAAAGAACCGGGAUUACAGAUGCUGUUGUUGCUGCUCGCAUACUGAAUGCUAGUCUUGUUGUUCCAAAGUUGGACCAGAAGUCUUUCUGGAAGGAUGCGAGUGAGUUUUCAGAAAUCUUUGAUGUUGAUUAUUUUAUAUCAUAUCUGUCGAAAGAUGUUAAAAUCAUUAAGCAACUCCCAAGAAAGGGUGGUAAAACAUGGACUCCAUACAAUAUGCGUGUCCCAAGGAAGUGUAGUGAAAAAUGUUAUCAGACUCGUCUAGUACCUGUUCUUUUGAAAAAGCAUGCUGUUCAGCUCACAAAGUUUGAUUACAGACUUGCAAACAGGUUGGGUACAGAUUUGCAAAAAUUGAGAUGCAGAGUGAAUUAUCAUGCUUUAAAGUUUACUGAGCCAAUACGGAAAAUGGGUGAAAAGUUGGUUCAUCGAAUGAGGAUGAAAAGCAAGCACUAUAUCACAUUGCACCUGAGGUUUGAACCUGAUAUGCUUGCAUUCUCUGGAUGCUAUUAUGGUGGAGGAGACAGAGAAAGGAAAGAACUUGGUGCAAUACGGAAGAGGUGGAAGACGUUACAUAUAAGCAACCCUGAUAAGCCAAGGAGGCAUGGGAGAUGUCCCCUUACUCCAGAAGAAGUUGGUCUGAUGUUGAGAGCACUUGGUUAUGGCAGUGAUGUUCAUAUUUAUGUGGCAUCAGGGGAAGUGUAUGGUGGGGAAGACACGUUGGCGCCCCUUAAAGCACUAUUUCCCAACUUCUAUUCAAAAGAGACAAUAGCAACCAAAGAGGAGUUGGAACCAUUCUAUUCAUUUUCUUCUCGCAUGGCUGCUCUUGAUUUUAUAGUUUGUGAUGAAAGUGAUGUUUUUGUCACUAACAACAAUGGUAAUAUGGCCAAAAUAUUAGCUGGACGAAGGAGAUAUUUUGGGCAUAAGCCUACUAUUCGUCCAAAUGCUAAAAAACUUUAUCGAUUGUUCUUGAGCAAAGAGAACACAACUUGGGAAGCUUUUGCAUCUAGUGUUCGUACUUACCAGAGAGGCUUUAUGGGUGAGCCACAUGAAGGGAGGCCAGGCAGGGGUGGGUUUCAUGAGAACCCAUCCACCUGCAUAUGUGAAAAUUCUCAGGCUAAAGUCAAGAGAGAUGUGGAACCUAGAAAAUACGGCAAGGGUAGUAAUGUAACAAGAAAAGAUGAAGUAGAAGUCGAUGUCCAAGACUCGGAAGAUGAUCCAGAAUGGCCCGACUCUGAUGAGGAUGAAGAUCUAAGUGUCCCGCUGGAGAAUGAUCACUUUAACAGAACUACAGAGGAUUAUGAUACAGUAAACUCAGAGGAACCUGAAUUGGAGGAGCUUAUUUCUGACUAGACAAAUCUAUCUCAACUCUGGUUCACUACUGCUUCCUCAUAUUUGGCUCAUCAACUAUUUCCAGCUCAAAGUCAGAUGAUAACCAUGUCACUGUAUAUACAAAAUGACAAGGAAAGAUAAAGUGGAUACUACUUCUGGGAAUACUUUGGCUUGAGCCUCGUUUCAUGACAGUUAAACAGAUUUCAACCUUCAACUUGAAAACAUAUUGUUCAAUGCAGGGGUAUGCAAGGGUCUGUGCUUUCUGGCUGAAGAGUGAAGAUGGCUCUUAUACGUUUCCAGAGUCUUUGAAUUGUGGGGGAAGCAUGUAUGUGAACAGUUGUAAGCGGCCAGAAAAUGGUUGUUGUGGCCAAGGCAAAGCAUGGGGCUUAAGUUUAGAAUACAAUGCUCCAAAAGAGGUUUAUGAAUUCUUUUCAAUUUAGGUUUCUUAGUUGAGGAUCUUUCGCCAUGCUAUACCGAUUCUUGGAUUUUGAUCAGGAAACAGAGUGACAGAUCACUGCUGUAAAUUAAGGGGGGUGUAUUCAUUUAAGAGUCUACAAGAUUUUUUUGUAUUUUGAAAGUUUAUGGGUAUUCAAUUGAGAUUUUUAAACAAUC